UGAACCAAUCAUCUAAUGAUUAAAAUAUCUAACUGAUAUUUGAUUGGUGUUCAGUAUGACAUUGAAAUUUAAUUCUCAUUUAAAUAGCUUAGAUACAUUUUGUAAAUUAAAAAAAGUACCUGAAUUAUGUUCUUUUCACAAUUAAAUAUAAUUUGGUUCUCAUUCAUAUCCAGGAACAUAAUUGAUAAAAUUUCAUUGUGUAUAACUUAGCAGAAAGUAUAUUAUUGAUGAGGGAAUGUAUGAUUCACAAUUUUAUGGCAGAAUAUUUAUUUAGUCAAUUGAGGACUUUUGAUUUGAUAACAUUUACACUGGAAUUUGAGAACAAAGAAAUUUUAAUUAUUCGUCUUAUCACAUUGAUUUUAACCGUCAAAAUGCUUUAUACAACAUCAUUAAUGAAAGUAAUUCCACAGAGUCCUAAAAAUAUAGAAUCAGAUAAAUUUAUAUUUUCGUCGACUCCAGAGAUCUUACAUGAAACAAAUCGAAGUCGUGAUUUUUUUGGUUUCAUAAAACGACGUACAACUCAUGAGAAAAGUAUUUAUUCACGUCAUCCACUGUACCAUCAUGCUCCACACUGUCAUCAUCAACAACACCAUCGACGUUAUCAUAGUCAUAUACGUAAAGAAUGCCCAUAUCUAUGUAUAACUCAUAAACCUAGUACAUCAAAAUCUCAAGUAACAAUCCACAAAUCAAUAAGUAAGCAACUUUCUUUACCAGUUGAUUAUACAGAUGAGCAAAAAUCAUUUUAUUCUUCUUCUGGAUUAUUACAAACUAAUUCUAUUUUAGAUGAUGAUAUCGAGUCUGGAUUAAACAUACAUGACGAUGAUUUGCAUUCAUAUGUAAGUAUACCUAAAUGCAAUAUAACAAGCGAGAGACCAAAAUCCUAUCUCUCAGGUAGUUCUUCUUCUUUAACCUCUUGUUUAAGAUGUCUAAAUUCAGACCAUACCGUAUCAUCUCAUACAAAAGCUAUUGAUGAGAUAAAUUAUGAUUCAGAACCACAGUGUUCACGUAGUUCUGUUAUAUCAAAUACAUCAAAAUUAAAAUAUUUCGAUGAUACAGAUGCGAGUAAUUUGUUUGAUGAAGUACAGAAAGAUACACUUAAAGAUCGUCUACUUUAUUUUCCUAAAAUAAGUAAUCAAUUAUUGUUGACAAAUCCUACAAGACGUCCAUUUAAUUCUAAUCAUAAUAAUUCAGAUGAGAUUGAAAAGCAUGAUACUACUAGUGUAAUAGAUGCUAAAUUUUCACUACCAAAAAAAGAAUUGAAGUUUGCUGUACCAGAAUUUUUAAUGCCCAUUAUAGAUCGUCGUACAUCAUCACAAAUAGUUAAUGUUAAACAGAUAUCUGUAUCGACAUUAAAUAUUGAAAAUAAAUUGUUGAAAAGACGAAAAACUAUUAAAGAACGUUUCAAACAAUUACACAGUGAUUAUGAUGGUAGCAAAUUUUGGAAUAAAUUAAAUAAAAAUUUUAAAAUAAAUGAAGUUCAGAAUUUAUCCAGUACUAGAUCAAGGUCAAGUAUGGCUAUUUCCAUGGAUUAUACACAUAAUAAAGAUUCAGUUUCACGAUCUAGUAAUACAUCAUGUGAUGAUUGUAGACGAAUUACAAUUAAUGUAAGUGGUUUAAAAUUUGAAACAUGGCUAACUGUACUUGAACGUCAUCCAACCACCUUAUUAGGUGAUUAUAAUAAACGUAAACCAUUUUAUGAUGAAUAUCGUAAAGAAUAUUUUUUCGAUAGGCAUAGACCUAGUUUCGAAGCAAUAUUUAAUUAUUAUCAAUAUGGUGGUCGAUUAAAACGACCAGCUAUAGUUUCUGAUGAUGUCUUUCUUACUGAAUUAGAAUUUUUUCAAAUUGAAUCUGAAGCAUUAGAUGUAUAUAAAAAAAAUGAAGGUUAUGUACCGGAUAUUAUUGUUCUACCAGAAAAUUUAAUAAAACGUAAAUUAUGGAUGUUAUUUGAAUAUCCAGAAACAUCUAUACUGGCAUUUACUUUUUCAAUGGCUUCAUUUAUUUUUACUGUUAUUUCUAUUAUAUUAUUUUGUAUUGAAACAUUACCAGUUUAUGCUCAAACACAUUGUGAACCUGGAGCAAAACCAAAUUUUCGUGAUCCAUUUUUUAUUAUUGAAACAUUAUGUACAUUUUGGUUUACUAUAGAAAUUUUUAUACGUUUUAUUAGUUGUCCAAGUAAAAAAAUAUUUAUUAAAGAUAUUAAAAAUUUAAUUGAUUUAGCUGCAAUUGUACCAUAUUAUAUAACAUUAUUUAAUGUUUUAAUCACAUUUAGUUGUGAAGGUGCUAAGAAUAGUGCUAGUUUAGCAUUUCUACGUGUAAUACGUUUAAUUCGAGUAUUUAAAUUAACAAAACAUUCAUCUGGUUUACAAGUACUUGUAUUAACAUUUAAAGAAAGUAUUGAAGGAUUAAGUUUAUUUCUUGUUGCUUUUAUUGUUUGUAUAUUAGUAUUUUCUAGUACAAUUUAUUAUGUAGAAAUUGAUAGAAAAGGUUCACAAAUUGAAAGUAUACCAGAUGCAUUUUGGUGGGCUGUAAUUACAAUGUGUACUGUUGGUUAUGGUGAUAAAGUACCAAAAGGACCAUUAGGAAAAGUUGUUGGUAGUGUAUGUGCUGUAGCUGGUGUAUUAACAUUAGCUAUUCCAGUACCAAUUAUUACAGAAAAUUUUAAUAAAUUUUAUGCUCAUAAAACCGGUCGUGGUAGAAGAUAAAUUCAUUUAGCAUAAUCUUUUCUUCAUGUUUUAUGUAUGUAUGUAUGUAUGAAUGUAUGUGUGUGUGUAUGUCAUUCGUAUAUUUCAUUCAAUUUACACAAAUCAUUUAAGAUAACAAUACCAAUCACAAUUUUGUCAAAUUAGUUGUAUCAUUUACUUUAAUGUAACCUUAUUGUUACUAACACUAUUUUUGACUAUUAAUCUUUUUUAUUUAUUAUUUAUAUUGAAUCAAAACAUGUCACAAUUCCAUAGAUACACAUUCAACAUAUUCUUACAAGGUCUCAUCUCAUAUUUGUUGAUUUCAACUUUACAAAUAGUCAACUCUAUUCAACAGUUUAUUACUUAUAUUCCUACAAAUGAACGAAAAAAACGAAACAAAACAAGAAAUAUUUCGAUUUAGUUUCCUUUCCUUUUCUAUGACUUCGGUACUUAGUUUCUCUGUUGAAUGGUUAAUGUGUAGAAUUUCAAAUUGUGAAUAACCUUCUCACUCUCUAAUACCUUUGUAUACAGUUUAUAUAUAUAUAUAUAUAUAUAUAUAUAUAUAUAUUCUUAUUAUGAUAUAUAAUAUCAUAAAUAAAUGUAAACACUAUGUAAUAUAGUAUUAAUUAGAAUCUAAUUGGUCAGUGUGGAUUUAAUUGUAAAUGAUUACAUAACUAUUACAUAUACAUAAAAACAUAUUUUUAUAACGAAGAAAUUGUUAUAGAUAACCUAACUUAUAUUGUACAUAAAUGAUACUCAAGUUUAUCUUAUGGAAUAAUGGUGUUGUUGUUUUGUUUUGUUUUUUUUUAAAAAAAAACAAGUAAAUACAUAAUAUUUUCUAUCCAAUGAAAA